UCGUUGUGUUUAAGCUUGCAACUUGUUUGUGUUUUUGUUAUUGUGAAGAUUAUGAAUGAGGAGAUGAGAUAAUUCGUGUCUGGCUAGCAGGUAAAACCUGUUUCAUGAGACACGCAAUGCGUCAUCUGAUGCCAAACUUCUCACUUGAUCUUGACGACACGAUUAUACAUUGAAUCAGUUGUAGUCGGGCACACGACUGAACAACAAGUUGCGUUUAAGGUGGUCCCUUAGAAAACUCUUUCACAAUGAACUUGUUUUGGGGAAUGAGGGGUUUUGGCCUUCAGCUAGUGUUGCUGUUUCGAACCAUUGCGGACGUGCAAAUGCAAUCGUUUUACGAUGUUCCUCCACCGACAUACAUUGAUCGUACUUCAAUGAAGGAUUGUGCAAAGCGAUUCUACUCAGAUGUUGGAGAUUACACCGGCUUCUACGGUGCAUUUGGUGGCUUUAGAGCUCUUCGCGGCGAGUUCCAGCAUAUGGUGGCGAUCGGCUGGACGCGUGCCAGUGGUAAAAUUGAUUACCUCUGCGGUGGCACCUUGAUCAGCAAACAGUUCGUAUUGACUGCGGCACACUGUGCCUGGGAUGGAGACAAUCUUCGUCCAGAUACGGUGCGACUAGGCGAUACGGAUCUGGGAAGUACCGAGGAUGACGAGUUUGCACAGCAAAUCGUGAUCGCUCGGCUGAUCGUACAUCCGAGCUACAGAGCAUCGCGCAAGUACUUCGACAUGGCACUGAUUGAGCUGGCAGAACAGGCCAACUUUACGGAAGCGGUUUGUUCGGCAUGUUUGUGGCAGGAGAAUCACCUACCGACGGGGUCGAUGGAUGCGGUCGGGUUUGGAGCAACCGGUUUCGGUGAAUCGCUAAGUCCGACGCUUCAGCGUGUUGUGCUAAAGCACCUGGAGCGGGAUGAAUGUGACAAUAGGAUUGCGGUGAACAAACGACAAAUGCCAGACGGCUUUCGGGCGGAUCAAUUCUGUGCGGCUGGCAGUGGUAUGGACACAUGCGAGGGUGAUUCCGGAGGUCCGAUCGGUGUAAAGCUGUUUAAUGUCGGUGGUGCGUUGAUACCGCUGGUAACCGGUGUAGUUUCGUUCGGAACUCCCUGUACAGCCGGAUCGACCGGGGUGUACAGUAAAGUGAGCGAGUAUGUCGAGUGGAUCCAGCGAACGACAAAUCUGUCUCUGGGUUAUAGAGAUUGUACCUUGGAAUCGUUCUGCGUCGGAAGGCCCAAAGAAACUAUAAACGUAGCAUAUAAUACCUUCUACACCAAGAGUCGCUUCGGUCUUUUAUGGAAGGAAUCGGACAGUUCCUCGAACGACUGCGGAGCGACACUGAUCGACUAUCAAUAUCUUCUAACGGCGGCUUCCUGUGUCAAGUCGAGCAAAGGUUAUCCAAAGUUUGUUAUUUCCGAAAGUGGUGAGCGUGCAGCUAUCUCGGAUGUAUACGUAUCACCUAGUUAUAGAGCAGGUCGACCGGAAAGUGACUUAGCACUGCUGAAGAUUGCUAAGUACGCGAAUCACCAAGUAUAUCGACCCGUCUGUUUAUGGGAUCGUCGGAGCGAUGGAGAAUGGAAGUCCAAGCCGGAGUUUUUCGCAUACGGACUGGAAGACCAGUUUGAUAAGUUUGUGUUCGUUACUGCUCGCAACGGUACGGGGUGUGAUGAGGAACUGGUACGUGGAACCGAUCUGCAAUGUUUCCACAACGAGGUACCCCUAAUGCCGGGAGUGUGUUGGAUGGAUCACGGUGGACCAAUUAUUGACCAAUCUGUUUGGGGAGAACCAGUGAAUAUGUACGGCAUUGUGUCGCCGUUAAGUAGAAGCUGUGGAUCAAAUCUGUUUAUGGUCGAUGUAACACCUCACAUUCCAUGGAUAGAAGCGAUCGUGGUUGGCAAACGGGACCAAUUCCUUGUAUUUUCAGACUGAAUAUUUUACUCAAAUCUACGCAAUAGAAAGCACGUAUGGAAUCAUCAUCUCGUGCAUAUGUUAACUUUUCACUUUCAUCAUUUUCAUCCUCUUAAGCUAUCAACAAGAAAUAAAAGUCCAAUUUUUCUUCUGUUUUAAAGUUUCCAACCUACUUCAAAGCGGAUGAGUGUUCGUUGAUGCCAGAUAAAUUGAUUCUAUCACACACUUCCCAUUACUCUUCCCUCCAGCCCCCUUGCGACGGGAUAAAAGGAUAACGUAUUUCGUUCGAUUUGAAUUUUGAAAAUAUGUGAUUUUUAUUCCUCACACCCCUACCAGAUCUAUCUGUCCCUGAAACGCACACACCUCAACAACAUUUUCCACUUUGCACGGGUGUCACUCUCUGUACACGUCGAAAUGCUUUUCCGAAGAAAAGAACUCUGUUGUAAAGUUAGGGUGGGAAAAUUUAUUGAGUGCCGAAACCGACAUUAUCAUUUUUUGAAUCCCAAACCCAGUUUUGAUACGCCGGGGCAGUAUGUUCCAAUUUUCGCCGGGGUAUACAGCCAUAGCGAAGAAGUCUGUCUUGUUUUUGAAGUGGAGUCUUCGCUUUGGCCAGUAGACAAAUCUUUCCUAUAAAAUUCACUUAGAAUACACUCAUACGGCCACAUUUCAGUCCAAAAUUCCCGUGAGACGGUUACGCGGGACAUGGUCGAGUUUUCACAUACGAGUACGACCGAGUGGAUAGAGUUAUGUUAUGGCAUAAAAUUUAAUAUGGUUACAAAUUCGGUUGCAUAUUCAUCCUUAUUCAUAACCAUUUUUCGUGUGGCCAACAGCCCAACCAGACCAGUUGAAUCGCAUGGUGGAUGCCAGCUUGUAAGGAUAACGUUACCGUGUGCCUUGUCUGCCCUUGGCUCAAAUCUGAAUAAUGGAAUAUCGAAAACUAUAUAAAUCAAACAUCAAACAAUGUAAUUGAUUCUUGCAUAGGACUACCUAUUGGGUUCGAUGUGGAGUCGAUGGAAUGGAAUAAAAUAAAAAAUAAAGUAAGGGAAUGGUUUCAUACCGUCAGAUACAUUUUUUGAGCCAAAUUUACCCUUCAGUAAGGUUUCACAUUAACAUCACCACAACUGUUAACUUUAAAACAACAAAAACUAAAGCCAAACUUUAACAUCCAUCAA